AUGGUACGAGUGGAUGCUUUGGCUAAUUUUACUCAACAGGCAUUACAAGAUUCUCAAAAAGCUAUUUCAGCUCUUAAUGCUAAACAAGGACAAAUUAGAAAGGUGGUCUUACAAAACAGAUUGGCUUUAGAUAUUCUGACAGCUGCACGAGGAGGAACUUGUGCCAUUAUUCAAACCCAGUGCUGUACAUAUAUACCUGAUACAAGCACUAAUGUUACUCAUUUUACUAAACAUAUGAACAAGAUGAUUGAGGCUGUGGAUACUCCUGAGGCCUCAGUUGCCUCACUUUGGGAGACGUUAACUAGUUCCCCAUGGUGGAAAACUAUCUUAAUUACAAUAAUUCUGAUUGUUCUAUUUUUGCUGUUUGCUCCCUUCAUCUGCAGCUGUCUUAUGAGUAUAUUGUUGACAUUUCCUUUGAUUUUCCACCUCUUUCUGCUUGUGUUUCAGACUCCUGGGAGAGUUGGCUCUCAAGGUUCAGAUUUAGAUUCAUCAGCAGCUCCUGUAAACACAGUGGAUGUCAAUCAUGAAAGCUCUUCAGAGGGUUUCAUCUGUCCGUUAUGUAUGAAAAGAUGUAUAACUGCUAUUGAUUUGUCGGAGCAUUACCAGAAAGUGCACGCUGAAAAUGAGACAAGAGGACAGGAACUUCUUAAUGACUCCAGUGUUACUGGUUUCAUAUGUCCACAGUGUAUGAAAUCUCUUGGAUCUGCUGAUGAACUUUUCAAACACUAUGAGGCAGUCCAUGAUGCUGGUAAUGACUCAAGUCACGGAGGAGAAGCUUUGGCUCUGAAGCGAGAUGAUAUAACACUACUCAGACAAGAGGUCCAAGACCUACAGGCUUCACUUAAGGAAGAAAAAUGGUACUCAGAAGAAUUAAAGAAAGAAUUAGAAAAAUUUCAAGGGCUGCAGCAACAAGAGUCCAAACCUGAUGGAUUAGUGGCUGAUUCAUCAGCAGAACUACAGUCUUUGGAACAACAAUUAGAAGAAGCCCAUACAGAAAAUUUUAAUAUUAAGCAAAUGAAAGAUUUGUUUGAACAGAAAGCAGCCCAACUUGCCACUGAAAUUGCAGAUAUAAAGUCAAAAUAUGAUGAAGAAAGGAGUCUUAGAGAAGCUGCUGAACAGCAAGUGACACAUCUAACAGAAGAAUUAAACAAAGAAGCAGGUGUGAUUCAAGAUCUAAAGACUGAACUGCUUCAGAGACCUGGAAUAGAAGAUGUUGCUGUGUUAAAGAAAGAACUGGUCCAAGUUCAAACACUAAUGGAUAACAUGACCUUGGAACGUGAGAGAGAAUCUGAAAAACUCAAAGAUGAGUGCAAAAAGUUACAAACAGAAUAUACUAACUCAGAGGCCAUAAUAAGCCAGCUGAGGAGUGAACUUGCCAAAGGCCCCCAGGAAGUUGCUGUGUAUGUGCAGGAACUACAAAAACUUAAAAGUUCAGUUAAUGAAUUAACACAAGAAAAUCAGAACUUGACUGAAAAGUUGCAGAAGAAAGAAAUGGACUAUACUCAGUUAGAAGAGAAACAUAAUGAAGAAUGUUUGAGUAAAAAGAAUAUACAAGCAAGCCUUCAUCAAAAAGACCUGGAUUGUCAACAGCUUCAGUCAAGGUUAUCUGCAUCUGAAACCUCACUGCAGAGAAUACAGGCAGAACUAGGUGAAAAGGGAGAAGCUACUCAAAAGCUCAAAGAAGAAUUAUCAGAAGUGGAGACCAAGUACCAGCAUCUUAAGGCAGAGUUUAAACAGCUACAACAACAGAGAGAAGAAAAGGAUCAGCAUGGGUUACAACUGCAAAGUGAAAUCAAUCAAUUACAUAGCAAACUUCUGGAGACAGAGCGCCAACUAGGAGAAGCUCAUGGAAGGCUGAAGGAACAGAGACAGCUUUCAAGUGAAAAGUUGAUGGAUAAAGAACAACAAGUGGCUGAUCUACAACUCAAACUUUCUCGUUUAGAAGAAGAGUUGAAAGAAAAAGUAACCAAUUCCACAGAAUUGCAGCAUCAGUUAGAUAAAACAAAGCAACAGCAUCAAGAACAACAAGCUCUUCAACAAAGCACUACGGCAAAACUUCGAGAAGCUCAGAAUGAUUUGGAACAAGUACUACGUCAAAUUGGUGAUAAGGACCAGAAGAUCCAGAACCUUGAAGCCUUAUUACAGAAGAGCAAAGAAAAUAUUUCUUUACUAGAAAAGGAGAGAGAAGAUCUUUAUGCAAAAAUUCAGGCUGGUGAGGGAGAGACUGCUGUUCUUAACCAAUUACAAGAAAAAAACCAUACAUUACAAGAACAAGUAACUCAGCUAACAGAGAAGCUGAAGAAUCAGUCAGAAAGCCAUAAGCAAGCCCAGGAGAAUUUGCAUGACCAGGUGCAGGAGCAGAAGGCACAUCUUAGAGCUGCACAAGACCGUGUCCUUUCCCUAGAAUCCAGCGUCAGUGAAUUAAAUAGUCAGUUAAAUGAAAGCAAGGAGAAGGUUUCCCAGCUUGAUAUACAGGUUAAAGCCAAAACUGAAUUAUUGCUAUCAGCAGAAGCAGCAAAAACUGCUCAAAGAGCAGAUCUUCAGAAUCAUUUGGACACAGCCCAAAAUGCAUUACAAGAUAAACAGCAGGAGUUAAAUAAGAUCACUACUCAGUUGGAUCAGGUCACUGCAAAGUUGCAGGAGAAGCAAGAGCAUUGCAGUCAGCUGGACAGUCAUCUUAAAGCAUGUAAAGAGAAGAAUCUGUCUUUAGAACAGAAAACUGAAGAAUUGGAAGGUCAAAUCAAGAAACUAGAAGCUGAUAUGCUUGAAGUUAAAGCAAGCAAGGAGCAAGCUUUGCAGGGUCUACAACAACAGAGACAGCUGAACACAGAUUUAGAGCUUCGAGCCACAGAAUUGAGUAAACAACUUGAAAUGGAGAAAGAAACAGUAUAUAAUACAAAGUUGGAUCUACAGAAGAAAUCUGAAGCGCUUGAAAAUACUAAGCAAAUGCUUACCAAGCAAGAAGAAGAAAAAACAAUCCUUAAACAAGAAAUUGAAAAUUUAAAUCAAGAUGCAAAGAUGCAGCACAAGGAACUGAAUGACAGGAUUCAAACAGCCGUAACAGAACUACAAAAAGUGAAGAUGGAGAAAGAAUCUCUAGUAGCAGAGCUUUCUGCAACAAAAGAGAAAUUAUCAAAAGUUUCUGAUUCUUUGAAGAACUCCAAAAGUGAAUUUGAAAAAGAAAAUCAGAAGGGAAAAGCUGUUAUAUUAGAUCUGGAGAAAACCUGCAAAGAAUUAAAACAUCAGCUUCAAGUACAGACAGAAAGCCUGCACAAGGAACAGAAUGAAAUGAAAAAGUCACUUGAAAAAGAAAAGGAGACUUCUCAUCAGUUGAAGUUGGAGCUCAGUUCCAUGCAGGGACAAGUCAUACAGGCCCAGAAUAGCUUAAAACAAAAGGAAAAAGAAGAACAACAGCUUCAGAGUAACAUAAAUGAGCUAAAGCAUUUGACUGAACAGAAGAGAAAGCAAAUUGAAACACUCCAAGGAGAAGUUAAAAUUGCUGUUUCACAGAAGACAGAACUUGAGAAUAAACUACAGCACCAGUCAGUGCAAGCGGCACAGGAACUUGCAGCAGAGAAACAAAAAAUGUCAGUGUUACAAAACACCUGUGAAAAAAGUCAGGAAGAUCUGAAACAGCUUCAGUCUGAUUUCUAUGGGAAGGAAUCUGAACUACUUGCCACAAGGCAGGAUCUUAAGUCUGUAGAAGAGAAGCUUUCUCUAGCACAGGAGGAUUUGAUAUCAAACAGAAAUCAAAUUGGAAACCAAAAUAAAUUGAUUCAAGAACUGAAGACCACCAAGACUACUUUGGAGCAAGAUUUAGCAAAGAGCGAACAGCAGUUGAAGGAACAGAAUAAAGCACUACAAGAUAUGCAAAAAGAAAAGUCACUAAAAGAAAAAGAACUAGUAAAUGAAAAAUCUAAAUUGGCAGAGACAGAGGAAAUUAAGUGUAGACAAGAAAAAGAAAUUGCUAAAUUGAGUGAAGAACUCAAGUCUCACAAGCAGGAAAGCAUAAAGGAAAUAACAAAUCUCAAGGAUGCCAAACAGCUGUUGAUUCAGCAGAAAUUAGAGCUUCAAGGGAAAGUAGAUUCCCUGAAGGCAACCCUUGAACAGGAGAAGAAAACCCAGCAAAUGCUAAAAGAGCAGAUGAAAAAGGAAGAAGAUGAGCUGAAGAAAGAGUUUAUGGAAAAGGAAGCUAAACUGCAUUCCGAAAUAAAAGAAAAAGAAGUAGGAAUGAAGAAACAUGAAGAAAAUGGGGCUAAACUUACCAUGCAGAUCACAGCAUUAAAUGAGAACUUGGGCACCAUAAAGAAAGAGUGGCAGUCCAGUCAACGGAGAGUCAGUGAACUCGAGAAACAGACGGACGACUUACGGGGUGAAAUUGCAGUACUGGAAGCAACAGUUCAGAAUAACCAAGAUGAAAGGAGAGCACUACUGGAAAGGUGUCUUAAAGGAGAAGGUGAAAUAGAAAAGCUUCAAACCAAAGUACUAGAAUUGCAAAGAAAGCUGGAUAAUACAACUGCAGCAGUGCAGGAGCUAGGCAGAGAGAAUCAGUCCCUUCAGAUCAAACAUACACAAGCGUUGACUAGAAAGUGGGCUGAAGACAGUGAAGUACAAAACUGUAUGGCCUGUGGGAAAGGCUUUUCCGUAACAGUGAGACGGCAUCACUGCAGACAGUGUGGAAAUAUCUUCUGUGCUGAGUGUUCAGCCAAAAAUGCCUUAACUCCUUCUUCCAAGAAGCCUGUUCGUGUCUGUGAUGGAUGUUUCAAUGACUUGCAAGGAUAA